AUGCGUUCAUAUACAUUUUCCUCUCUAGCGCUGGCCGCGUUCGCUCUUACGGCAUAUGCAGCACCUUACGAACUUGACAACAGAAAUGAUUUAAUGAGAAGAAAUCCACACCCAAUGGGAGUUCCAGCACCUGUGUUGGCGAGACUGAGACGUGCGGACGCUGAAGAUGAUGAGGAUGAGGAUGAAGAUGAGGAGGAUGUCGCUACGACUACUCAGAAGGCGGUUGCUGGAGCUGCCGCGCCAACAGGUGCAACACCAGACAAACCAGCAAAGGCCGGAGCAGCAAAACCUACAGGCGCCGCCGGAGCUGCAGCCGCAACUGGCAAACCCGCGAAGGCAUCAAAAGCAGGAGCUGCUGCUGCAACAGGCCUACCAGCGGCGGGCGCUGCAGCAGCAUCAGGGAAAGCACCAAAGAACCCACCAGGAGCAGCAGCGGCGAGUGGAGCCGCAGCAGCAUCAGGCAAAGCACCCAAGAAAAAUCCACCUGGAGCGGCCGCCGCAAGUGGAGCGGCAGCAGCAUCAGGUAAAGGAGCUGGAGCUAAGAAAAGUGCUGCUGGAGCAGAAGCACCAACAGCCACAACCCCCAAAAAACCAGCUGCUAGUGAAGCGCCUGCGGUGGAAGCUACGCCUGCUGCUGCUGCAGGAGCAAAUGGACUAGACGCGCUUCUUGGAGAAUUGACUGGUGCUGGUGCUGCAGCUGGUGGUGCUAAAGCGCCGGCUGCGAGUGCUCAACCGGCUGGGGGACUUGAUGCUUUGUUGGCAGCCGCUUAA